AUUCAUAAAACUAUUAAAAUGACUCUUGAUAUUUCCUGUUAGGCUGUGUAACUUUUUGAGACCAAUAAUUUUGGUGGUCAACACAUAUUAUUGGCAUUUUUUAGGGACCAAAUAAUGAAAAAUUACAAAACCUCACCUGAUGCAAAUACACACUGAAAACCGUACCCAGGCUUCACGAUGUGUAAAACCUUCUCUCUCUAUUUGUCAAGCUCCAUCGCAAGCUUCAUUGUAGGUCUUCGCUCUGUCCAUCUCGAGCUCCAUUGCAGAUCAGUUUGAGAUCUACAAUCUUCAGUAGAUUUACCUUGUUCUUCACAUUUUCUGUAGAUUUGAUUUCUGCUACUUUGAAGACAUCGAUUGGUUAAUUCACUCUCUAUCAAGGGAUUUCGGGAUGGAUAAGAGUUGGAUGCAACUUCAUAAUAGAAGGUUACAUCAAUACAUUGAUGGGGUAAAAGAAUUUAUCAUAUUUGCUCGUGAUCAUAUGAAAUCAGGGACGAGUAAGAUUUGGUGUCCGUGUAAUAGAUGCAACAACCGUAUCCAAAAAACCAUAGAUGAAGUUGAAAUUCAUUUGUUUGCAUAUGGGGUUGUCACAACUUACACUAGGUGGGUGUAUCAUGGGGAAGAUUUUGAGUUGAAUGAUAGUGAUCCCUCGGAAAAUGAAAAUGACGAAUAUUUCAAUGAUGUGACAGAGAAAUCAAAUUCUCCCAAUACUGAGGUGCGAGAAAUUGUCCAUGACAUACAUAGUGGGCCAUCCACAUAUGCUUAUACUGGGGAAGCAUCUAGUAGUCGUAAUCCUGACUUGUCUGGUGCUCAUGGUAGUAAAGGAAAUACAUUUGCAAGAUUAAUGAGGGAUGCAGAACAAGAAUUGUAUCCGAAUUGCCAGCGAUAUUCCAAAUUAUCAUUCAUUGUUAAGCUGCUACAUAUAAAGGUGCUCAAUAAAUGGAGCAACAAAUCACUCACGAUGAUGCUAGAACUGUUGAAGGAUGCACUUCCCAUCGGUGAAACACUUCCAUGCUCAUACAAUGAAGUUAAACAAAUACUUCGAGAUUUGGGCCUUGAUUAUCAAAAAAUACAUGUAUGCAAGAACGAUUGUGUACUUUUUUGGAAGGAGUAUGAAAAUGAAGAUAAAUGCCCUACUUGCAAGGAGCCUAGAUACAAAUUUCAUAAAGGUGAAGGUAAAGGUAAAAAGAUCCCUCACAAGGUUUUGCGGUACUUUCCUUUAAAACCAAGGCUACAAAGGUUAUUUAUAUCAAGGAAGACAGCUACUGAUAUGAGGUGGCACAAAGAUAAACGCGUAGAGGAGAAAAAUGUAAUGCGCCAUCCAGCGGACUCUGAAGCAUGGAAAGACUUUGACAAAAAGCAUGAGUCAUUCGCCAAAGAUCCUCGAAAUGUUAGGCUCGGAUUAGCAAGUGACGGCUUCAAUCCAUUUGGGAAUAUGAGUACCUCAUAUAGCAUAUGGCCAGUUUUUAUUGUCCCGUACAAUUUGCCACCCUAG